UUUGUUAAGAUGUUUUAUCUUAUUAAGCUUGAAUAGAUAGAAGCUCAGGAUUAUUGAAAUUUAGUAUUUUCAAAUGAUUAGACUAACUAAAGCUUUUGAAUAAAAAUUAUCAAAUUGUUCAGGUUAGUCAUAAUACUGAUUCAGCUAUGUAAUUUCAUAACAGAUUUUGUGCUUUCCUGUUGUCAUUUUAUUCUCUGUCUUUUUGCCAUUCUGGGGGUUACCUUGACUCAGUCAUCAAUCUGUUUUACUAAUUUGCCUUCAAUGCAUUUAUUCUGUCAUAUACUCCAUCUGUUGAGGUUUUUUAUUUUAUCAGCCUAUUAUUUCCAAGUUUUCUAAUCAUUUUUUCUUAAUUGCCUUUUUCUUAUUUUGUAAAUAUGAUAAUCUCUACUAUUCUUUUGAGGAUAUUAAUUAAACCACCUUUUUUUUAUACAGGAGUAGUCAACAUAUAUGAAAUAUUUACCAUGUAACAGAGGCACCAUUUUCAGCUUUACAUGUAAUAUUUUCAUCAUUAUAAUAACCCAAAGAGAUUGAUUCAGAAAACAUGGCCACUGCAAUUAGGGAGGUGGGAGUUUGGAGACAGACGAGAACACUCCUACUGAAAAAUUAUCUAAUUAAAUGCAGGACUAAAAAAAGUAGUGUUCAGGAAAUUCUGUUUCCACUAUUUUUUUUAUUUUGGUUAAUAUUAAUUAGCAUGAUGCAUCCAAAUAAGAAAUAUGAAGAAGUGCCUGAUGUAGAACUUAACCCCUUGGACAAAUCUACCCUCUCUAACCUAAUUCUUGGAUAUACUCCCGUGACUAAUAUUACAAGAAACAUCAUGCAAAAAGUGUCUACUGAUCACCUUCUUGAUGUCAUAAUUACUGAAGAAUAUACAAACGAAAAAGAAUUGAUAGCAUCCAGUCUUUCUAAGUCCACCAGCUUUGUAGGUGUGAUUUUCAAAGAUUUCAUGUCCUAUGAACUUCGUUUUUUUCCUGACAAGAUUCCGGUAUCUUCUAUUUAUAUGGAUUCAAGAGCUGGCUGUUCAAAAUCAUGUGAGGCUGCUCAGUACUGGUCCUCAGGGUUCACAGCUUUACAGGCAUCCAUAGAUGCUGCCAUUAUAGAGUUAAAGACCAAUGUUUCUCUUUGGAAGGAGCUGGAGUCAACGAUAGCUGUUAUUAUGGGAGAAGCUGCUGUUGUAGAAAUAGAUACCUUUCCCCGAGGAGUGAUUUUAAUAUACCUAGUUAUAGCAUUUUCACCUUUCGGAUACUUUUUGGCAAUUCAUAUUGUAGCAGAAAAAGAGAAAAAGCUAAAAGAAUUUUUAAAGAUAAUGGGACUUCAUGAUACUGCCUUUUGGCUUUCCUGGGUGCUUCUGUACACAAGUUUGAUUUUUCUUAUGUCCCUUCUUAUGGCAGUCAUUGCAACAGCCACUUCACUAUUCCCUCAAAGUAGCUGCUUUGUGAUAUUUCUACUUUUUUUCCUGUAUGGGUUAUCAUCUGUAUUUUUUGCUUUAAUGCUGACACCUCUUUUUAAAAAAUCAAAACAUGUGGGAAUAGUCGAAUUUUUGGUCACUGUGGCUUUUGGAUUUAUUGGUCUUUUGAUAGUCCUCAUGGAAAGUUUUCCCAAAUCAUUAGUGUGGCUUCUGAGUCCCUUCUGUCAGUGUACCUUUUUGAUUGGUAUUGCACAGGUCAUGCAUUUAGAAGAUUUUAAUGAAGGUGCUUUAUUUUCUAAUAUGUCUGAAGGCCCAUAUCCUCUAAUUAUUGCUCUUAUCAUGCUAGCUCUUAAUAGUAUAUUUUACGUCCUCUUGGCUGUCUAUCUUGAUCAAGUCAUUCCAGGUGAAUUUGGCUUACGGAGAUCAUCUUUAUAUUUUCUGAAGCCAUCAUAUUGGUCAAAGAGCAAAAGAAAUUAUAAGGAGCUAUCAGAAGGCAAUGUUAAUGGGAGUAUUAGUUUUAAUGAAAUUGUUGAGCCUGUUUCUUCAGAAUUUCUAGGGAAAGAAGCCAUAAGAAUCAGUUGUAUUCAGAAGACAUACAGGAAGAAAAGUGAAACUGUAGAGGCUUUGAGAAACUUGUCAUUUGACAUAUAUGAGGGUCAAAUUACUGCAUUACUUGGCCACAGUGGAACAGGAAAGAGUACAUUGAUGAAUAUUCUUUGUGGACUCUGCCCACCCUCUGAUGGGUUUGCAUCUAUAUAUGGACACAGAGUCUCAGAAAUAGAUGAAAUGUUCGAAGCAAGAAAAAUGAUUGGCAUUUGUCCACAGUUAGAUAUACACUUUGAUGUUCUGACAGUGGAAGAAAAUUUAUCAAUUUUGGCUUCAAUCAAAGGAAUACCAGCCAACAAUAUAAUACAAGAAGUGCAGAAAGUUUUACUGGAUUUAGACAUGCAGGCCAUCAAAGAUAACCAGGCUAAAAAAUUAAGUGGUGGUCAAAAAAGAAAGUUGUCUUUAGGAAUUGCUGUUCUUGGGAAUCCUAAGAUACUGCUGCUAGAUGAACCAACGGCUGGAAUGGACCCUUGUUCUCGCCAUAUUGUUUGGAAUCUUCUAAAAUACAGAAAAUCCAGUCGGGUGACAGUGUUUAGUACUCAUUUCAUGGAUGAAGCCGACAUUCUUGCUGAUAGGAAAGCUGUCAUAUCACAAGGAAUGUUGAAAUGUGUUGGUUCUUCAAUUUUUCUCAAAAGUAAAUGGGGCAUUGGCUACCGUCUGAGCAUGUACAUAGACAAAUACUGUGCCACAGAAUCCCUUUCUUCGCUGGUUAAACAACACAUACCUGGAGCUACUUUAUUACAACAGAAUGACCAACAACUUGUAUAUAGCUUGCCUUUCAAGGACAUGGACAAAUUUUCAGGUUUGUUUUCUGCUCUAGAUAUGCAUUCUAGUCUGGGUGUUAUUUCUUAUGGUGUUUCCAUGACGACUUUGGAAGAUGUAUUCUUAAAGCUAGAAGUUGAAGCAGAAAUUGACCAAGCAGAUUACAGUGUAUUUACUCAGCAGCCACCAGAGGAAGAAAUGGAUUCAAAAUCUUUUGAUGAAAUGGAGCAGAGCUUACUUAUUCUCUCGGAAACCCAGGCGUCUCUAGUGAGCACCAUGAGCCUGUGGAAACAGCAGGUGUCUACAAUAGCCAAGUGUCAUUUCCUUACCUUGAAACGUGAAAGUAAAUCAGUCAGAUCCGUGUUACUUCUGCUUUUGAUUUUUUUUGCAGUUCAGAUUUUUAUGUUUUUGGUGCAUCACUCUUUUAAAAAUGCAGUGGUUCCCAUGAAACUUGUCCCAGACUUAUAUUUCCUAAAACCUGGAGAUAAACCACAUAAAUACAGAACGAGCCUGCUUCUUCAAAAUUCCACUGACUCAGAUAUCAGUGAUCUUAUUAGCUUUUUCACAAACCAGAACAUAAUGGUGGCGAUGUUUAAUGACAGUGACUAUGUGUCUGCUGCCCCCCAUAGUGCAGCUUUAAAUGUGAUGCAUUCAGAAAAGGACUAUAUAUUUUCAGCUGUUUUCAACAGUACUAUGGUUUAUUCUUUACCUGUGUUGAUGAAUAUCAUUAGUAACUACUAUCUUUAUCAUUUAAAUGUGACUGAAAGCAUCCAGAUCUGGAGUACCCCAUUCUUUCAAGAAGUUACGGACAUAGUUUUUAAAAUUGAGUUGUAUUUUCAAGCAGCUUUGCUUGGGAUCAUUGUCACUGCAAUGCCACCUUAUUUUGCCAUGGAAAACGCAGAGAAUCAUAAGAUCAAAGCUUAUACUCAGCUUAAGCUUUCAGGUCUUUUUCCAUCGGCAUAUUGGAUUGGACAAGCUAUCAUUGAUAUCCCCUUAUUUUUUAGUGUUCUUGUUUUGAUGCUAGGAAGCUUAUUUGCAUUUCAUUAUGGAAUAUAUUUUUAUGCUGUAAAGUUCCUUUCUGUGAUUUUUUGCCUUGUUGCCUAUGUUCCAUCAGUUAUUCUGUUUACCUAUGUUGCUUCUUUCACCUUUAAAAAAGUAUUAAAUACCAAAGAAUUUUGGUCAUUUAUCUAUUCUGUGACAGCCUUGGCUUGCAUUGCAAUCACUGAAAUAACUUACUUUAUGGGCUACACGGUUACAGCUAUUUUUCAUUAUACUUUCUGCAUAGUCAUUCCAAUCUACCCACUUCUCGGUUGCCUGAUUUGUUUCAUAAAGAUUUCUUGGAAGAGUAAACAAAAAAAUGAGGACACCUAUGAUCCAUGGGAUAGGCUUAUGGUAGCUGUUAUAUCGCCUUACUUGCAGUGCGUACUGUGGAUUUUCCUCUUACAAUACUAUGAGAAAAAGUAUGGAGGCAGAUCAAUAAGAAAGGAUCCCUUUUUCAGGACCUUUUCAACAAAGUCCAAAAGUAGGAAGUUUCCAGAACCACCAAACAAUGAUGAUGAAGAUGAAGAUGUCAAAGCUGAAAGAUUAAAGGUCAAAGAGCUGAUGAGUUGCCAGUGUUGUGAAGAGAAACCAGCAAUUAUGGUCAGCAAUUUACAUAAAGAAUAUGAUGACAAGAAAGAUUUUCUUACAAGAAAAGUAAAGAAAGUGGCAACUAAAUAUGUUUCUUUCUGUGUGAAAAAAGGUGAGAUCCUUGGACUGUUGGGCCCAAAUGGUGCAGGCAAAACCACAAUUAUUAAUAUUCUGGUUGGUGAUAUUGAACCAACAUCAGGCCAGAUAUUUCUAGGUGGUCAUUCUUCAGACCCGGCUGAGGAUGAUGACUCCACUAAGUGUAUGGGAUACUGUCCUCAGAUGAACCCACUAUGGCCAGAUAUUACAUUGCAGGAACACUUUCAGAUUUAUGGAGCUGUGAAAGGAAUGAGUGAAAGUGACAUGAAAGAAGUCAUAAAGAGAAUUACAAAUGCACUUGAUUUAAAAGAACAUCUUCAGAAAACUAUAAAGAAACUUCCUACAGGAAUCAAACGAAAGCUGUGUUUUGCUCUAAGUAUGCUGGGAAAUCCUCAGAUUACUCUGCUAGAUGAACCAUCUACAGGUAUGGAUCCUAAAGCCAAACAGCACAUGUGGCGAGCAAUUCGAACUGCAUUUAAAAACAAAAAGCGGGCUGCUAUUCUGACCACUCACUAUAUGGAGGAGGCAGAGGCUGUCUGUGACCGAGUGGCUAUUAUGGUAUCUGGGCAGUUAAGAUGUAUUGGAACAGUACAACAUCUAAAGAGUAAAUUUGGAAAAGGCUACUUUUUGGAAAUUAAGUUGAAGGACUGGAUAGAAGACCUAGAAGUAGACCGCCUUCAAAGAGAAAUUCAGUAUAUUUUCCCUAAUGCAAGCCGUCAGGAAAGCUUUUCUUCUAUUUUGGCUUACAAAAUUCCUAAGGAAGAUGUCCAGUCCCUUUCACAAUCUUUUUCUAAGCUGGAGGAAGCUAAACAUACUUUUGCCAUUGAAGAAUACAGCUUUUCUCAAGCAACAUUGGAACAGGUUUUUGUAGAACUUGCUAAGGCACAAGAGGAAGAAGAUAAUAGUUGUGGAACUUUCAACAGCACACUUUGGUGGGAAAGAAGACAGGAAGACAGAGUAGUGUUUUGAACUUGUGUUGCUCCAAGCUGCUUAUUGAACUUGUUUCUUCUUCGCUUGAUUUUGACUUUGGUUUUACAGAUUUAUUAUUUGAAUAGUGACUGGAGAACCAUGAAAGCAUGUGGGAUAAAGAAAAUGCUCAUUUCACUCAGCUUACUAAGCUCCUUAAUUGAAAUGCUGUGGUUGUGGGUUUUGCUUUCUUCAAAUAAAAUUUAUAUAUAAUUCAUUGAACCUGCAUGUUUAUAUCUUAAGUAUGUUGAAUUUGUAUGUCAGGUAGGGUAUUUACUUUUUCACCCUUCAAAAACAGUGCUUUUGAAUUUAUGAUUUAAAGGAAUAAUGAUAGGAUAAUUUAUUUUGAAAUUAUCUUUAUUUUUUUAAAUUUAAUACUAUCUUGUCACAUAAAUAUGUAAUUUCACAACCUGAAUAAAACACUAAUGCAUAAUACAUAGAAAGCAGACAUAAUAUAAGAGUUUCUCCUCCUUUUUAAUUUCCAAAAGAAAUUGAAUGAAAAUUGGCAUCCUUAAAGCGAAAACACGAACAUGAGACAAUCUCAGUGCAGAUAGAGGUUUACAGGCAGGGAUAUCCACUAGGGGGCACUCAUCAAUGAUAAUAAAGAAAAAAGACCUUAUUCUGAUAGGUGAUUUUAGACAAAGGUACCUUAGGUAUUUGAAGUUUCAUUCCUUUUGCUUACAAUAAAAUUCAGAGGUGUUUUGACUAAUUAAAUGAAGACUAUAUCUAGUAUCUUAGUAUUUAAGGAUUAGCUUGUUUGACUUUUUGUGGCUAGAAUGGCAUACAUCUAAAGGGGUGGAAGGAAGAAUUAAGCCAUACCUUACUCUCCCAUCCCUGGUGGAAGAUAAAAUUUUUUUUGGCACAUUUUAUUUUAUUUGAAGGGCAUAUUUUAUUUUAUUCUUUGAAUAAAAUAAUUUGUUGGAUAAUUAUUUUAUUGGUAAAUUUUAUUAUUUGAAUAUCCCUUUCCUCAAUAGUUUAUUAAGUGCAUUAUAUGACUGCAUAGAUUUAUUUAGGAGCUCACCUCAGAUUUGCUUUGGAACGUGGUAGGAUAUUAAAAAACACUCUUUUGGAGAUUAAGAAUUAAAAGUAAAAUAUACGUAAUUCCUUUUAAUAAGAAAUCAGAAUUUUACCCUGUGACCCAGUUGAAGUAAGAUUAUGGUUAAUUAUAAUUAAUGUAAUUUUAGAAAUACUUCCUUGUAGAAUCCAUGUAUGGACUAUAGGUAUAAAAAAUAUAGUAUAGUACAAAUAAUACUAGUAUACAUUAUAUUCCAACCAGAUGAAUCAAAGUACGAACUUGCAAAAACAAAUAAAUUGAGAGUGUGACUGUUGAAUUACAAAGACUUAAAGAGUAACAGUGGAAAGAUUUGGUACUGAGUUACUUUAAAUAGCCAAACCCUUUAAUGAAGUUACCAUUUAAUGUAGAUAAAACUUAAUGAACUUUUUGCUGUAUAAAGAAUAAGGAAGACAUCUAUGAUUUUAGGCUCUAGCAGCUGAUUGAAAAUAGCAUUAUUUUCUUAUUCUCAGUACAAGAUGCAUGACUAGUAUUUUCUCCCAUUGCUUUGGCAAUUGCUGUACACAUUCCCAAAGACAGCUACUUGAGCAGCUAUCUCAGAGGUCUUCUAACUAAAUGAGACAAUUUAUAAGUUCCUGCAUGAUUUUAUAAACUACGGUGACACUAUUUCUCCUUGUAAGAUUUAGUUGGCACUAUUUUUUAAUCUUUUUUUUAAUCAUUGCUGUUUACUUGCCUCAUGAUAGCAAGCUAAUUUCAAAUUCUUCACCCGAGAUUGUCUUUUAUAUCUUUAGCUAAGGACUACUGUAUGGUGCAUCAAUUCAAGACACAGUUGAAAGAAAAUCUUUACCUUCAUUGUUGUUAGGUUCCAUCAAGUUAAUUCUGAUUGAUAGUGACCCGAUGUCGACAGCACUGGAUUUUACUGGAGUGACCCUGUGUACAACAGAACAAAACACUGCCUGAUCCUGCACCAUCCUCACAACCAUUGCUAUGUUUGAGCCCGUUGUUGCAGCCACUCUGUCAUUCCAUCUUGUUAAAGGUCCUCUCUUUUGCUGACUCUCUACUUUACCAAGCAUGAUGUCCUUGUCCAGGGACUGGUCCCUCUUGAUAACUUGUCCAAAAUAGGUGAUACAAAGUCUUACCAUCCUCGUUCCUAAUGAGCAUUCUGGUUGUACUUCUUCCAAGACAGAUUCGUUUGUUCUUCUGGCAGUCCAUGAUAUAAUCAGUAUUCUUCGCCAGCACCAUAAUUCAAAGGCGCCAAUUCUUUGGUCUUUCUUCAUUGUCCAGCUUUCCUAUGCAUAUGAGGUGAUUGAAAAUACUGUGGCUUGUGUCAGAUGCACCUUAGUCCUCAAAGUGAUAUCUUUGCUUUUUAAUGCUUUAAAGAGGUCUUUUGCAGUAGAUUUGCCCAAUGCAAUACAUUGUUUGAUUUCUUGACUGCUACUUCCAUGGGUAUUGAUUGUGAUUACAAGUGAAGUGAAAUCCUUGACAACUUCAGUCUUUUCUCCAUGUAUCAUAAUUUUGUUUAUUGGUCUAGUUGUGAGGAUUUAUGUUUUCUUUAUGUUGUGGUGUAAUCUAUACUGAAGGCUGUAUGUAGUCUGGUCUUCAUCAGUGUAUCAAGUCCUCUUCACUUUAAGCAAGCAAUGUUGUCAUCUGCAUAUUGCAGAUUGUUAAUGAGUCUUCCUCCAAUCCUGAUGUUGUAUUCUUCUUAUAAUUCAGCUUCUUGGAUUAUUUGCUCAGCAUACAGAUCGAUUAAGUGUAGUGAAAGGAUACAGCCCCGAUGCAAAACUUCCUGAUUUUUAAACCACACAGUAUCUCCUUAUUCUUUUCAAAGGACUAACUGUUGGUUUAUGUAGUUUCCACAUGAGCACAAUAAAGUGUUCUGGAAUUCCCAUUCUUAGCAAUGUUGUUUGUAAUUUAUGAUCCAUGCAGUUGAAUGCUUUUGCAUAGUCAAUAAAAUAGAGGUAAACAUCUUUCUGGUAUUCUCUGCUUUCAGCCAAGAUCCGUCUGAUGUCAGCAGUGAUAUUCCUCGUUCCACAUCAUCUGAAUCCCUCUUGAAUUCCUGGCAGUUCCCUGUCCAUGUACUAUGCAACUGCUUUUGAAUGAUCUGCAGCAAAAUUUUACUUGCUUGUGAUGUUAAUGAUAUUUUUCGCUUAUUUCUACACUCUGUUGGAUCACCUUUCUUGAAAUGUGCACCAAUAUGGAUCUCUUCCAGUUGUUUGACCAGGUAGCUGUCUUCCAGAUAUCUUGGCAUAGACGAGUGGGCGCUUCCAGCAUUGCAUCUGUUUGUUGAAAUAUCUCAAUUGGUAUUUUGUCAGUUCCUGGAGCUUUGUUUUUCACCAGUGCCUUCAGUGUAACUUGGACUUCUUCCUUUAGUACCAUUGGUUCUUGAUCAUAUGGUACCUCCUAAAAUGGGUGAACGUUGACGAAUUCUUUUUGGUACAGUGACUCUUCUGUUCCUUCCAUCUCCUUUUGGUGCUUUCUGCUUCACUCAAUAUUUUGCCCGUAGAAUCCUUCGAUAUUGCAACUUGAGGUUUGAAUUUUUUCCUCAGUUCUGAGAAAUGUACAUUGUAUUUCUAAGCAAGUCAUUGCUAAGUGGUGCCGUUCAUUUAAAGAGCUAUCUUUUAGAUCCUCUAUUCACAUAAAUACGGGGAGUUUCUCCUUGGGGAUGUGUUUUUUUUAAGCUAUGUGUAACAUUCAACACUAAAUUCAGUGUAAGAAACAAAUUGUUUACUAGUUUAGCACCCAAAAGUACAGGCACUUAAAAAGGUGGUUUUUAAAAACCUGGCUAAACUAAGAAAUGUUGUUUCGAAAUAGAGCAUGUUGCUGCUUUUGCACAUUUAUUUGAUAACUUUAAUCUUACAUUUUGUAUGUAUGAUCAAUGUAAUUUUUUUUCCUGCAGAAUGAAACUUGGGAUUAUGUGGACUGGUCGUAAUCAUGUUCUUAUCUAUUGUGUUUAUUCAGUUACUUCACUAUUAUUGUAUAUAAAUACAUACUCUGGUAAACAUUUUUUUAAAAAGACAUUUGAAUUCUUUUUCUGGUUUUUACAUAGAAGAUUUUGGGGCAUGAAUCUUAGUCUUAGGAAUGGGCUAUUAUUCAGAGUAACAAAAUCUUUUCUACUGAGGAGAUUUAUAAUGUAACUAAUAAUUAGGAAUGAAGGGAAAGGAGUUUCAAAUCUGAAGUUCAUCUUUAUUUACAGUGGGAAAUUCUUGUUUUUGAGCACAUACUUAUUUCAAAAUGUCUUGUAUUUCUGAUCUCAAAGCUUUUUUUUUCCUAUACCAAUAUAUA